CAUCAUCAUUCACGACGACUUUUAGACUUCCAUUGUUCAAAUCGUUCGUCAAUCUCUUAACACAAAGUUGAUUUCAAUCAGGUGCUGGUAGGGAUUGUAAUCGGUACUGAAUUUGAAAGAGUAAACUUGUGAUUUCUGUCAGAAUUUAAAGAUGAGUGUGAUUGGGUUUGAUAUUGGGAAUGAGAGUUGUGUUAUUGCUGCUGCAAAGCGUGGUGGUGUUGAUGUGUUGUUGAAUGAUGAAUCGAAGCGUGAGACGCCUGCUGUGGUGUCAUUUGGUGAGAAGCAAAGGUUUUUGGGUGCUGCAGGGGCUGCCUUUGCUACUGCCAAUCCGAAAUCAACGAUUUCUCAGAUUAAGAGGUUGAUUGGAAAGGUGUAUAAGGAGGUUGAAGAAGAGCUUAAGCUGCUACCGUUCGUGACUAGUGAGGGCCCACGUGGUGGUAUUUUGAUCGAGUUAGAGUACUUGAAAAACAAAUGGUGUUUUACACCGGUAGAGAUUUUGGGGAUGUUGUUCAAACAUUUGAAACAAAUAGCCGAGAAGAAUCUCGAAUCCAGUGCCGUUGACUGUGUGAUUGGGAUCCCGUCGUAUUUUACAGACUUGCAGAGGCGUCUGUACCUUGAUGCUGCACAGAUUGCCGGUUUAACACCUUUGAGUUUGAUGCAUGAUGGUACUGCCAUCGCGUUAGGUUAUGGUAUGUACAAGUCCGAUUUAUCCAACUCCGGACCAACGCAUGUUAUGUUUGUCGACAUCGGGCACUGUGAUACACAAGUGACAGUUGCAUCUUUCGAACAAGGGAAAAUGAAUAUACUGUCCCAUUCGUUUGAUGAAAAUUUAGGAGGUAGAGAUUUCGAUGAAGUUUUAUUCAAGCAUUUUGCAGCACAAUUCAAUGAAAAUCACAAAAUCGAUGUUUAUUCCAACGCGCGUGCUUCCGUAAGGCUUAGGGCAUCAUGUGAGAAGGUGAAGAAAGUUCUGAGUGCAAAUGCGGAAGCACCACUUAGUAUCGAGUGUCUGAUUGGAGAUACAGAUGUCAGAGGAACCAUAACAAGAGAAGAGUUUGAGAGUCUGUCAUCCAAGUUGUUAGAAAGGGUUAUUGUUCCCUGCAAGAUGGCUUUGAAGGACUCUGGCUUAAGUGUUGAUGAGUUAUAUACUAUUGAGCUCGUUGGGUCUGGGUCCCGCAUACCAGCUAUAACGAGAAAGUUAACUUCGUUUUUGAAGAAAGAACCAACGAGAACACUAAAUGCUAGUGAAUGUGUUGCUAGAGGAUGUGCCCUUCAUUGUGCAAUGCUUAGCCCAACGCUCAUAGUUCGUGACUAUAAGAUCAAGGAUGCAUUUCCAUACUCGAUAGUAAUUCCUUUACCACAAGGGGAAUGUAUGGUCUUUCCGAAAGGCAGUUCAUUUCCAAACCAGGAGAUGUUUAAGCAUAAUGGAAACACUCCGUUUUAUCUUCAAGUCGCAUACGUCAAAGACAGAAAUUUCCCUGCAGGAAUAUCACAUAUAGUUGGUCGAUUCGGGAUCGGUCCAUCUGAACCCUCUGAUGCAGACAAAGUGCAGGUCCAGUUUAAAGUGGAGCUUAACAGCCAUGGAAUUGUUGAAAUAAAUUUUGCAACAAUCUUAGAAGAUAAACGCCAUAACGCAUGGAAGAGGAUAUUGGUGGGCGACAAUAAAACAGUGAAUCUUCUAACUUUUGGGAAUGUAGAUGUCUCAACAACAAAUGAUGAGCUACAUGAAGCUAAAGAGAAACAAACGGUGUUAACAGAACAAGAUAUAAAGGUGGAGAAAACUAAGGACCAAAGAAACACCCUGGAGUCUUUCGUCUAUGACACUCGUAGCAAGCUUUCUGGUGCGUACCGGAGCUUUGCCACAGAUUCAGAGAAGGAGAUACUCACUAACAAUCUACAAGAAACCGAAGACUGGCUGUAUGAAGACAGUGAUGAUGAAUCUGAACAAGACUAUAAUGGAAAACUCAAAGAUCUCAAAAAGUUAUUAGAACCGAUUGAAAAUAGAUACAUGGAAGAAACUGCUAUCGCAAAGGCAACAGAAACUCUGCAAACUUGCAUUGCAAAAUAUCGUUCGGAUGCUGAUUCACUGCCGGAAGCUGACAAGAAAGAUAAGGUUAAAGAUGUGUGUACUGAAGCUGAGAAGUGGCUUAGUGGUCUCUUUCAAAAGCAUCUAUCUCCAAAGGCCUUGUUAACUGAGCUUAAUCGCGGUAAAGAAAUUGUCGAGAGGGAAUGCCAAAGCAUAAUCCGGUCCAAAUCUUCAUCCUCAAGGCAUGAGAAACCUGUGGACUCUGAAAAGGCUCUGGCGAAAGCAGCAAAACCUCUGCAAGAUUGUAUUGCAAAGUGUUAUUCGCUUGCCGAAUCACUGUCAGAUGACAGGAAAGAGAAGAUUACAGAGGUAUGUACUAGAGCUGAGAAGUGGCUUAACGGUCGCGCCCGAAAUCAUGCGUCUCUAAAGACCUUGUCAAGUGACAUUAAUCGUGUUAUAGAAAUUGUUGAGAGCAAGUGCGAAAAAAUAUUGAGUUUUAAACCUUCAUCCCCAAAGCAUGAGGAACCCGAUGACUCAGACCAAAGGGACCAACCCGUCGACUCGGACCAAAGGGACCAAUAUGCGGACUCUGAAAAUGCUAUGGUGAAAGCCGCAGAACCUCUGCGAGCUUGUAUUGAACACUAUUGUUCGCUUGCUGAGUCACUGCCAGCUGACAAGAAAGAGAAGAUUAUAAAUGUAUGUAUAGAAGCUAAGAAGUGGCUCAAUGAUCGUUCUCAAAAGACCUUGUCAACGUACAUUAAUCACGCUAUAGAGUUUGUUGAGAGCGAGUGCAAAAUAAUAAUCAGUUCCAAACAUUUAACCCCAAAGCAUGAGGCUGACUCAGACCAAAGGGACGAACCAAUGGACACGGACCAAAGGAACAAGCAUAAUGACAGUCAAGUCCAGAAAUAGAUCUUCUUAGGUAGGAGUAAAACACACAAUUUUCAGAGGUUCCUUUCCCAGCUGCCAACUUGGCCUAUAAGCUAUGUUCCACGUAAUGCUUUCAUGAUCUUUAAUAUAUGUUUUGAAAUCUUAAUGGUAUACUAUUUCUCCGCAAGUAUUCUGUAGUCAUAUAUGCGCUUUGAUAAUUUUCAAGCUUUUUAUGUUUUUUUGGCUUUGUGUAAAACAUGCAAUGAAAGCUUUCGCAUUUCUUUCAUUAUCUUUUGCCAACUCAAGUGCCAUAUUCAGUAAUUUCC